AUGUCCAGUGGCAGCUCCCCCAGUGAGUUCCUCCUCCUGGCGUUCGCAGACACCCGGGAGCUGCAGCUCCUGCACUUCUCGCUCUUCCUGGGCAUCUACCUGGCUGCCCUCUGGGGCAACAGCCUCGUCAUCACAGCCGUAGCCUGUGACCAACACCUCCGCACCCCCAUGUACUUCUUCCUCCUCAACCUCUCUGUUCUCGACCUUGCCACAGUCUCCACUACUAUCCCCAAAUCCAUGGCCAAUUCCCUGUGGGACACCAGGGCCAUUUCCUACUCAGGAUGUGCUGCCCAAUUAUUUUUAUUUGCCUUUUUCUUGUCAGCUGAACACUCUCUCCUCACAGUCAUGGCUUAUGACCGCUACGUUGCCAUCUGCACACCCCUACACUAUAGCACACUCAUGGACAGCAGAGCCUGUUUGGAAAGAUUCCUCAGUGACCUGCAGAAUGGGAAUCCCAUCACCCUUGUAGAAGACACCUAG